AUGAACUUCCCAACCUUCCCCGGACAAGACUUGACCAACAACAACAUUGAUCCCACGACGAUCCCCGAAUUGCGGUCUAUCAACAGCUCUUCUAUUAACAAGAGAUCUAUCAACAAGAAUUCUACCAGCAUGAAGUCCAAGAAUAAGUCUACCAAGAAGAAGUCUACCAAGAAGAAUUCUGCCAGCAGCUCUUCCAAAACAACUCACCCCCCUCCCAACAAUGCAGCGCCCGAACAGCCGGCCCAAGGCCAUUCCAUUCCCAACCCAGACGAGCCUGACUUGAUCGAUUACACGACGCAUGAAUCACACAAGUCCUUUACUGAGUUGAUGGCUGAUGCUCCCGAUUUCAUGAAUCUUACAGACAGGGUCAUUGAAGAGUACAGGGAUGUUGCUCCCACUUUCUUCGAUCAAGCGGAGGCAUAUCAAGCGGAGAUCGACAGAAACCCCCACCUGUACGGUCGUGACGAUCCGGGUCUUGUGGAAGGGGCAGGAAUUCAGGGGUUCCCCAACGGCCUCGAGCCGAUUGCUGAGACCGUCGAAGACCAGCCAUCAAACCAGCAGCAGCCGCCUCUCCUUCAGACGUUCGAUCACCAACAGACAACACAGAGCAAUGUAUAUAACCCUCCGAGUGGCAGCAGCAGCGGCGCGCAGCCUUCUAAUUAG